CCGAUCGGGCCUACGGAGGGGCAUCCCCGCGGCGAUUCAUUUUAGGGAUGAUUCACAUUUCAUCUUUUGCCUCAGUCUGUUUCUUCGCUGCUGAUCGAGUCUGGAGUCCCGUUGCGGUUGAUUCUCUUUCGCCUCGUCUUGCAUAUCUGAAUAGCGUCGUGUUUACCGGAUUCUUUCUCACUACUGAUAACCAUGUCUCAUACUAUCUCCCAGAAGUAUCUCAGCACGCGGGGAGCGUCCUAUGGACUCUCUUUUGAAGAUGCUGUCCUGAAAGGAUUGGCCUCCGAUGGUGGUCUUUUCAUCCCCGAGGAAAUCCCUUCUCUCCCCCCUUCCUGGGAGUCGGAGUGGCGCGACUUGUCCUUCGAAGAUCUCGCAUUCCGGAUCAUGUCCCUGUACAUCUCCCCGACAGAAAUCCCCUCGGAAGACCUGAAGGAUAUCAUCAACCGAUCAUAUGCCACUUUCCGCCACCCUGAACGUACCCCGCUGGUGGAAUUGGAUGGCAAGAAAAACCUUCACUUGCUGGAGUUGUUCCACGGACCGACAUUUGCUUUCAAGGAUGUCGCGCUUCAGUUCCUCGGAAAUCUGUUCCAAUACUUCUUGGUCCGUAAGAACCAGGGCAAGGAGGGCAAGGAUAGACACCACCUCACAGUCGUUGGUGCUACUAGCGGAGAUACCGGCUCUGCGGCCAUCUACGGACUCCGGGGAAAGAAGGAUGUCUCCAUCUUCAUCCUGUUCCCUGAUGGACGUGUUUCUCCUAUUCAGCAGGCUCAGAUGACCACGGUCCUUGAUGCCAACGUCCACAACUUCACUGUUCAGGGCUCAUUCGAUGACUGCCAAGAUACCGUCAAGGCUCUGUUCGCUGACCCUGAACUCAACUCUACCCACAACCUUGCCGCUGUCAACUCCAUUAACUGGGCCCGUAUCCUGGCUCAAAUGACCUACUACUUCUACUCUUACUUUGCCUUGACUAAGACACCCGGUUUCUCCAAGGACUCGAAGAUGCGCUUUGUCGUUCCAUCGGGUAACUUUGGUGAUAUCGCCGCCGGAUGGUUCGCCAAGAGCAUGGGUCUUCCCGCUGAAAGACUGGUGAUUGCCACCAACGAAAACGAUAUCCUCGACCGUUUCUUCCGCAGCGGUGGUCAAUACACCAAGAACGACUCUAAGGGAGAAGGUGUCAAGGAGACUCACAGUCCCGCCAUGGACAUCCUUGUCAGCAGCAACUUCGAGCGUCUCCUUUGGUACUUGGCCUUCCAGACCGACGCUUCGAGCUCCGCCGACGAAAGACGUAAGCACGCUUGCGAGAGCGUCAGCGGCUGGUUGAACCAGCUCAAGUCCGAAGGUGGCUUCACUGUGCCCAACGCCGUCCUGGAAGGAGCCAAGGCCGACUUCGAGAGUGAGCGUGUGAGCAACGACGAAACUAUCGACCAGAUCCGAUCCACCUACAACACCUCAUUCCCUACCAACCUGGGCCCCGGAAGCGCCAAGAGCUCCAAGACCGGUGGCUACAUCCUCGACCCUCACUCCGCUGUCGGUGUGGCUGCUUCUCUCCGCUCCAUUGAGCGAAACCCCGGCACAAGCCACAUUUCCCUCUCCACAGCCCACCCGGCCAAGUUCGCCAGUGCAGUCGACCUCGCACUGCGUACCCAGGAUGGAUAUGACUUCAACGAGGUUCUUCCCCAAGAAUUCAUCGGCCUGGAACAGCGCGAGAGCAGAGUCACUCCCGUGCCUGCUGGUUCUGGCUGGCAGGGAGUCCGUGAGUUGGUGAAGAGUGAAGUUGAGCAGGAGUUGCAGGGCUUGCGAUGAUCCAUUGGAUCCCUUAUUUAAUGAAUAGAGUUGUCAUUCUGUUGCAUUUUGGGGCUUUAUAUACUAUCUUCUUUUCCAGCUUUUAGACCCCCAAAAGUUAGUUUGAAAUUUGAGACGCAUUUCUAAAUCAUUUAACUCGUUACUUUAUCUUUUUGUCCUUAGGCAAAGUAACCUAGGCUUUUAUUC